UUUGACUGGCUUGCGGAGAGUCACUUUAUCACCAGCAACUAUCUUGGGCUGCUCUGUUUCUCCAAAUUCAAUAGCCAAUGUGAAUCUACAUUCUGAUGCUGUGGGAACAUUUAGAAUGACAAUGCCAUAUGUCACUAAAAGGGUGGAAGUGUUUUAUUUUUGUCUUUUUGAUGGCAUGCACUGGAAGGAACAAGAGAAUACUAGUUGGAAUGAGGUGCUCGUCGUCAAGCCUUUCAUCCAGAUGGGUGUGUCCAUAUUCCUGAUCCUUUUGUGCAUUGCCUUGUCAUCCAUCCUGAACGGGCUUGCAUUAGGAUUGAUGACUAUAGACAUCACAGGUUUGAAAGUAAUCGCCAAUGCAGGUAGCGAGAAGGAGAAACGUUAUGGGAAGACAAUCCUCGAGGUGAGGUCACAGGGCAACUUCUUGCUCAUCAGCCUGGUAAUCGGCUCGACUCUGUGCAACACAUUAAUGACAGUUUUGAUUGACCACUACCUGAAUAACUGGCUCACCGUCUUUAUCUCGACUAUCAUCAUCGUCCUGUGCUGUGAAAUUAUACCAUGCACCAUUGUCCCGAGGUACAAUCUGGCAAUCGGUGCAAACACGAUUUACAUCACCAAGGCAUUUAUGAUUCUUACAUUUCCAAUUUCAUACCCUCUUGGCAAACUUUUAGACAAGCUUUUAGGAGAAGACUUUAACAACAUUUACACAAGAGAAAGAAUAAAAGAAUUGGUAAAAAUUACAUCAGUCUAUACAAACAUAAAACAGUUGGAGGCUAACACAAUCACAGGAGCUUUGGAGAUGAAUGCAAAAAAAGUAGAAGACGUGAUGACGCCAAUUCAAGAUAUUUACAUGUUGUCCAUCGAGACCUACCUCGAUUACAGUGUCAUAUCUGAGAUAAUGAGAUCUGGCUAUUCAAGGAUACCGAUCUUCGAGGGCCAGAGAAACAACAUUGUCAAAGUUUUGCACGUUCGAGAUCUUGCACUGUUGGACCCUGAUGACAAAACCCCAAUCAGGCUUUUUUGCCAAUUGGCAAAAACGGAGUGCAUUUAUGUCGACGAGGGUUCAGCCCUUGAUGACGUCUUUAACAUUUUCAAAGAGGGUGUAAGAGGGCACAUGGCGUUUGUUUGCAAACCGGGCGAUGAUCCCCAAGUGGUUCACAAUGUCAUCGGGCUUUUGACACUUGAAGAUGUCAUAGAAGAACUUAUACAGAUAGAAAUAGUAGACGAGUAUGAUAGCAUCGUUGAUAACAGAUCUAAACGUAAGAGGGAUAGAAUGCGCAUGGUAGCCGAUUAUUUGACAGCUUUUGCUGAAACAUUCGAGACAAAAAAUGUCUUCAUAUCUCCUCACUUAAGACUUGCCACUUUUCAGUUUUUAACAUGUGAAAUAGAUGCGUUUAGACCAGAUGUGAUAUCUCCGAAAGUCUUAAGAAGACUCUUAUGGCUUGGAGUGAUUGUUCACAUGUCAGGGAAAAAGAAAACGGCCACUAUAUUUUCUCAGGAAAAGGCUUCAGAAGGUUUUGUCAUGAUUAUAGAGGGUAGAGGCAUCAUCAUUCUUGGUCCAGAUAAACUGAAAUUUGAAUGCGGCCCGUUUUCUUAUUUCGGACUUCUGAGCCUCGAUCCUAAUGCUAACUUGGAAAACAAGUAUGACUACACAGUCGAGACCACGGGUGACGUGCGGUUUCUGAAAAUUCCGCCUGAUCUGUACGAAAAUGCAAAGAGAGCCACCCAGGUGGAAAUCACAGGCGAGGAAGUCGAUUUGACAAAAGAACCCUAUCCGGGGCUAUUUACAGAAAUGGAAGGCGAAUCAGCUCUUCAAAGCCCCUUUCAAACGAACAAGAAAUAAACACGCAAGAUAUUGCUGGAUCACGAUGAAUGGUUUCUGUUCUAUCAAGCAUCAUGUGAUUGUGGAGAAUUCUUGGAGUAUCAGUUGCAGGUCAAGGGAAGCGAAGUCUAUGUUGAGUUUGGUGUCGUUGACCACGCUCCGGACCUGAAAAGGACGGAGGUGAUUAAAACGAAGAUGAGAAGAAAAUGACGUGCGUUACCAGUGAGCAAGGUGCCCCUCAUUGGCGAUUAUGAACUUGAGCAGAGAAAUUAGACUAGUCCAGAGCUCCUUCCACUGGAAAGUGAGGCGAACCCUGCAUCUUUUUUGAUAACAAAGCACCCUGUGCAUUACUCCGACACAC